AACAUAGUCGUUAAUUCAAAUCGUAUUGUUGUCAAUAGUGACAAUUAGGGCAAAGAUGAGAGUCCUUAUCGCUGCUGUCUACGUAUGUGUCCUUUUCUGGGCAUUAGAAGGGGCUUUGACCAGAAAGGGCGUUCAAAAGGCAUUGGAAGAGAAAAGAGAAGAACAACUCGAGGACUUACUGGAACACUUGAUUGAAGUUCAACGCCUAGACGAUUACACUGAACAAAGUGACGCCGUAUUGGCAGAGAAGGCUUUAGUGCUCGAGCCGAUUGACAAGUCUCUAAACGCAAUUGAGCCUGUCCCAUGCUGCUCACCCGGGUCAACUACAGUGGAUCUACGGAACGGCGGCGUCUUUGUCAGUGACGGCGGCGUGGUCGAGGUGCUAAAGAAGCCCGAGGGCGUUUCAAAUGGAGAAUGCAGCUUGAGAGCCCUUCUGAAAGUCAGCUUCACUAAGCUGCCGGAAUGUAUAAGCGGCUGUGUAAGCUAUCCUCUCUGUGGACGACGCAUGCUGCGGGUCGACCUUGACCUCAGCCCCAAUAGCCGUUCAGGGUUCCUGUUCAACAUUGGAGACAGUGUCAGCAACGACGGUUUCAGUGGAGACGGCAAUACUCAAACAAAUGAUGCUGAGGUAGAGGCCGUAUACCCGAGCGUCCAUGUCAGAGCGAGCGACAAUUGUCCCGACGUACCGAAUAAGCUUCUCGACACCUAUACGGAUGCUGUGCGUCUCGGUUCAGUGAAUCGCACGACCCUCUUCAUUAGCAACGAGCACGUGCGCAUUACCAACAACAACGGCCUCAAUCAGAUCCUGUGUCACAAAUGCUUGUUUGCCCUGAACGGCCAGACUGAUCUGGGCAGCGGAGGCGUUAACGAGGAUAUCUACAUAGCUCUCAACAGGGUCAUCACGGGCCGGUCAGACCGCAACGGGGUGGGCGUCUGUUCCGCUAAACUCAGUUGGGUGUGCCCGAAGAAUUACUAACUGAAUCGAAUUAUUCUUUCGCAAAUAAAUUCACCUUUACAAAUUGUAUGUAAGUUAUGUUUCAAAUGAUGUUUUUCUAUAUUUAUCUGAUGUGAGUGUUGCAUAUCAAAUUGAUAAAUAACAACAUCUUGUAUUGGUUAGGGUAUAUUAUUUUUAUAAGCUUGUUUUGUGUUUCUUU